AUGGCUGCUAUCAAUCAGCCAACUACUUCUAUCAGGACUUUCCCUUCCACGUUGAGAUUCUUUCAAGAUAUGGAUAAACAUCUUGACUCAUUCCCUCGUUUCAGCCACUCGAUUCAUGGCAACCGCGGGCCGCAUUUGGGUCAAGCCUUUCUUCCCAUCUUCGAUGUAAGAGAACUGCAAGACUGUUUUGAGCUUCACGGCGAGUUACCUGGAGUCAAAAAAGAGAACAUGAAAAUCGAGUUCAAGGGCUCCAAGUCCCUAGAAGUCAGCGGCUUUGUUGAAAACUCGUGCCAGCUACCUCUCAACCAAAGAGACGACGGAGAUACGCCCAAUGAUGCUGCUGGGAAAGAUACAAAGACCGCAGAGCACGAUAGUGUUAAAUACUGGGUUGCGGAGAGAAAUAUAGGCGAGUUCUACCGCGCAUUCACCUUUCCGCAGCGUGUCCAGCAGAAUGGCACCACCGCGACGCUUGAAAGCGGUGUCCUCACUAUACGCAUCCCGAAAAUGGCAGAUGACGACUUGGAUACCCAUGUGAUUCCUAUUUCAUGA